AAUGGACUGGGUUUUGAAAUUAGCAUCUGUAAUACUUUUGUUUGAAUUAGUUAAAGGUUUUCCUCGUAGAGAGAAAGAUGCAAAUAAAUACGAAAGCAAUACCAGUCAUGGAAAUUUAAAGCUAGAGCUUCACCACGAAAAAGAUGUUCCUCAACACCAAAAUAAUAUUUUGGUGCCUUAUGAAAACUCUUUGAAACAGAUAGCGAAAGAACCGGCAUCAAGUACAAGCCAUAAAUUUCACAACCUUUGGUCAGAAAGAACGGUACAAACUCCUGAGAACAGAGUACCAUCUUUGCAAAACAGCAAGGACUCGGUUGAAAAAUAUGCCAUGCUGGCUUUGAUUCCAGUGAGGGGAAGAAGGACUUGGAGGCGAAGAGGUUUUAAGAUUUACAACGCAGUUCCGGAUGCAAGAUACCAUUUUGACUCAAUGGCUAUUGACCCAAUGUUUAACUUUCUUGGCAUUGGAAAGUAAAGGCUCAUUUUCGUAAAUGUAAUGGAAAUCCGAAGGUGAAUAACGAAAACAAAAAUUAAU